CGUAAGCAUAGACAUCGUAGUGACUUUCCUCCAUGAUAAGAUGGUUUUUCACAACUUCACCGAUUCCUCAAAACUAAUAGCCACAAUGGCAUCACGUUCCCCUCCACUGGACUGUGGCUUUAAUGAAGAUACCAUAAAUAUGACUAUAUCAAGUCUCUACUUCCUGUUGUUCAUCCCUGCCCUCAUCAUCAAUGGGGUAGCAGUCUGGGUCUGCAUGCAACUUCGGUCAACGUCUACCUUCAUGGUGUAUCUGAAGAACCUUCUGGCUGCUGACCUUCUCAUGACCCUGACCAUCCCUGUCAAAGCAGCCAAUAUCCUGCCCAGUGCUCCACUGACUCUGAAGGCCUUUGCCUGUCGCUACUCUGAUGUUAUUUUCUACCUCUGUAUGUACAUGAGCAUCAUUCUAUUGGGCCUCAUCAGUCUGGACCGCUUCUUCAAGAUCGUCAGGCCCUGUGGCAGGUUGUUGGGCCAGAACCUGGUCUUCGGCAAAGUGCUGUCAGCUUCCAUCUGGGCGGUGCUGUUGGCCACUAUUGUCAUUCCAACCAUGAUCAUAACCAAUCAGGAUCCCACAAACAAGACGAAAGAAUUCUGUAUGGCAAUGAAGAGCAAUGUAGGACAAGAUUUUCACAGUGGCGUGGUCAAAUUAAACAACGUCAUCUUCUGGGUGGUGUGUGUUCUUAUUUGUUUCUGCUACAUAUGCAUAGCAAGGAAGGUUUUUCAAUCAUACAGGAAAUCAGGAAGCAGCAAUGAUGAAGGGAGGCAUAAGACCAAAGUGCGUGUGUUUUUGGUUCUGGUGGUUUUCCUGAUGUGUUUCGGCCCCUACCACUCCAUACGGAUCUCCUACACCUCGCUUCAGGUUACCUCAAGAACCAGCUGCACUAAGGUUACCUUACGGAUCUCUAAGGAGAUUGCCUUGUGGAUGUCAGCCAUGAACGUCUGUCUGGACCCUCUCAUCUACUUCUUCCUGUGUAAGUCCUUCAGGAUCAGCCUGUUCAAGACGCUACGUCUCUCACCUGGGACCUGUAGCUGGCUCGCUGGGAGAGGACCCAACACAAUAGAGAAUCAGACCCCAACACAGGAGGGAGACUCCUGUGACUGUACAGAAAAUUAAAACUCUUUGGAAUGAUCUACUUUAUGUUGUAAAAAGUUGUGUUUGACAGAGUAUCAUACUCCCAGGUGUAGGGUUAACUAUCCAACUAGUUAUACUAGAAAUGAAUCCACCAGGUGUAAUGUACUAUCCAACUAGUUAUACUAGAAAUGAAUCCACCAGGUGUAAUGUACUAUCCAACUAGUUAUACUAAAAAUGAAUC